ACACAAACGCACACACACGAACACCCCGUCUCCCACCUUUGCAGGGAAUCGGACAAUCAUGCCUCCCCGCACCCUCCAGCUGGCACCCACGUAGGCCUACCCAAUUUUCCUCUCUUUGGGGCCGAUUAUGGCACUGACAGACCGCGAAACCUCCGGGAAAUGGAUAGGAUGGCUCAUUGAAGAUGGUUCAGAGGCAGUCAUACCAACAUCGGCGGGGCUCCCAGCAAGGACACACUAAUCUCUGGCAUUGCAUUUACAGUAUUUGGCGAAGAGGCAAAAUGAGGAUGGCUCUGUCAAGACGAAGAUGCUCAUGUGUGUGGGGGUGGUUGCUCAGCCUCUUGGCCUUUUUGUAUUUUUCUGGCCUGUACCAGUACUUUCUAGCAUGGUCAUAUUCCAAGCACUACACACACUGGGGCCCGCUGCUCCCCCUUGAUCCUAUCAUGGAGAAGAUGAGAGCGGGAGAAGAGGUAGCUCAGAAACCAGUCAAUGAGUUCACCCACACAUAUAUCCAUUCCAGUACAGAGAAGUGCGAAACCCAGGAUUCCAUUAGGCUGAUGUACGUUGUAAAGUCGGCAGUCCAAAACUUUGAGAAGAGGAAAGGGAUUCGAAACUCGUGGGGAUUUGAAGGCAGGUUCUCUGACGUGGAAAUUAGAACUGUUUUUCUCCUGGGAACAAGACCAAAUGAGCCCCAACUGCAGGAGAGAGUUGAUAAAGAAGCAGAGGAAUACAAGGACAUCAUACAAGCUGAUUUUAUUGACUCCUAUUAUAACAACACCUUAAAAGCAAUGAUGGGGAUACAUUGGACAUACCAGCAUUGCCAGUACGUGAAAUAUUUUUUGUUUGUUGAUGAUGACUACUAUGUUUCAACGAGAAACAUGCUUCGUUUUCUCCGUGAUCCAGCAAACUACCCACAGUAUUUGGAGAAAUAUGUGGUAUCUGCAGUAAAUGAGUAUAAAGAUUUCUUGUAUGCAGGUUAUGUUUUCAACAAUUCUCUUCCCAUUAGGUGGAUUUUCAACAAGUGGUAUGUCUCAUUAGAGGAGUACCCUUAUUCACACUGGCCACCAUAUAUUACAGCAGGUGCAUAUGUGCUAUCCAGGAAGAGUUUGGAGUAUCUUUACAUUGGUAGUAUAUACACAAACUACUUCCGUUUUGACGACAUAUUCCUGGGAAUGGCUGCCAAGAAGGCUGGACUCUCACCCUUCCACCAUAAUGAGUUUUAUUUUGAUAGGAAGACAUAUAGCAAAGAGAACUACAAGUGGGUCAUUGCCUCACAUGGAUUUGAUCAUCCUGGGGAGCUGAUAAAUGUGUGGAGUGAACAGAGAUCAGCUGGCAAUACAUAAAUAGAAUCUAUGAUCUCCAUUUGCACAAGUUAUGUCUUUGCAUACCUCAGUUACAUUACAGUUCUGUAAAGUUUGUACAUUUUACUUAUCAAGACCUUUUGUUUAUUCCCUUUUCAGCAUUUUUUUGUAGCAUUAUGUUUAAUAGAAAUAUUAACCAUUUAAAAGGUGCAGAAAUGUUUCCCAGUUCUGUAUUGAUUCUCAGAUUGUUUUCACGUUCUGUUCUGAUAUUUCUUUAAUUGCUGAAUAGGUAGUACAAAGUCCAUGAUGUAUAUAGUGCAAUUAUGAAUUACUGGAUAUGACAUAUCCAUUUUUUAUGUUUGUUUUUCUUUAUAAAUUGCAUUUGAUUGUAUGUAUAAGGCAUUGAUUUUUAAGAGAUUUACUAUCACUGAUUUUGAUUUCUCCAUUUAUGCAAUCCUUUUUAGUAUUUACAGAUGAGUAAAGCUAAAAGGAGAGAUGUACGUUGUAGGUUGCAAUUGAACAUUGGCAAUAGAAAAAUAUUUAUUCAUGACUUUGACUUUAUUUUCACUUUCUUAUUCAUGUUGAAAUCAGUGGUUCUUAUUCUGGGUGUGUGUGCCUUUCAAGGGGUUGGUAUGAACUUACAGGAGAAGAAUAGGAAUUUCUCCGUCUACUUUAGAAAAUCUCUCAAUCUGUGUUGUAUUGUAUAGGAGUUUUUUUUAUACAGGAAAAUUGGCAGUGAAAAAUACUAAAAAUGCAUUUUUUUUCAGUUGUAACUUUUGAUUCAGGAGUCAUUUUUAAUCAUUAGGUUAAAGAUGUGUGCUAGAGGUGUGUAGAAAUAAACUAGAACUACAAGAAGGGACAUGGAAGUAACAAGUGUAAGAACCACUGAUGUAGAUGGUAAACUAAUUGUGGUGCUUUCAACUUCUCCUAAUUAAUAGUGUAGACAUACAGCAAAGUGUUGGUUUGCUACUACAGUCUGAUAAUACCUUUGUACUUUUUUUUUUAAUUAAAAUAAAUGACAAGAAUAUAAUGUAUUUAGUGUUAGGGUACUGCACACUGUGAAUGCUUUUAUAUAGUGGAAAAAUUUAAACAAAUGUCAAAAGUUUUCCCUUUCUAUCAAGUGCAAUACUUAUACCAAUACUACUUGGUUAUACUUGAUUGGAUUAAUGAUGAAUCAUUAAAACUGCAAUUUCCCUUUUCCAUUUGAUCAUAUAUGUUUUUUUGAUAGAAUAUGAAAUGUGUCUUCCCUUUGCUAUAUCAUAGUUAUUUUAUUGUAUUUUUCGUCUUUCAUUGACUUACUAAACUGGCAAUGUAACUGUUGUCUUAAUGUGAUGUAGCACUUCCUUAAGGUGCCAGAACUUUACAUGAAGAAAUUUCUAGUUUUUCUUGAUGUAUUAUGACAUGGGAUAUGAGGUAAUGGCUUUGCUAAUAUAGCCUGUCUAGAUAAUCUUUAAGGUAGGCAAGACAGUGAAGCUGGAAUUGAAACUCUUUUGGGAUAAAGCCCUAGAUAUGUGUUUGUUAAGCUUUCUUUAAGAGGUUAAAUACUUUGAACCUUUUUUAGCUCUUGCUUCUAAUUAAUAUGAUUAUUAUUUCACAAAUUGCAGCUACAUAAAAAGGAAAAGCAGUCUGCAAAUCUCUGCUGCAAAAUGUAUAGUGCACAUAUUAUCGAGUGAUGGAUAGGAUAUAUAUUUCUUAGAUCUUUCUAGCAAUUGCUGUAUGCUAAGUACAGUCACAAUGGCUAAGAAAAAGAGUGAUCAUUGCAGUGUUCAUAUAAUCCAUGGUUGGGUUGCAUGGACAUCAUGUCAAAUUUCUCUGUAUGUCAGAUUCUUGGCUGUAGAAGAAGAAAAGUUAGAAUAACCCCUAUGAUGUGGUAUCAAUAGAUGAAUCAGGAGGCCAUUUAUGGUUCACCUGUUUUCUAUGCCUGUGAUGCAAGAUUUGUUAAUGUCAAUAUGAAGGUUUGCAUCUGUCCAUGGAUUAUAUGAGCAUGUCAUGAAUUUCUUCCUGUUGGUAGCAGUAUGUAUCUAGCUUAUUCUGAAUAUCAGUGGUUUGUGAGUAUGCCGACAGUUAGAAAUAUGGUUUGUUGAGAUACAACCUUUUAGCAGCAGUUGUAAAGAAAGUGUCACAUUAGGAAUUGAUUUUCCUGUUCAUAAAUCAUAUUGUUGCUAGAAAUGUGAAUAGAUGAAGAUGAGUAAAAGAACAAACUUCUACAUGUAAUGUGUUUAUUCAUAAAGAAAGACCAGGGAAUGCUUAAUGAAUGUAUAGAAACCUAUUUGUCAGGUUGUUGCUACUAUGUUUAUUUCAUUUUUUUGCCAUCAUGUACUGAAUGAAUUUGCCCAACUCUUAUGAUAUAAAUUAAGAAGAGAACAGCUAGAACGUGGAAUAGCUUUGGACGGCAUAUCUGUGAUACUGACAAGAUUAAUUACUUCCAUAAUUCAGUUUAGUUGUAUAUUAAAUGGAAUUUUA